GAAAUAAAAAAGCUUGGAGUCCCUCCCCUUUCCUUUAUCACAAAAAUUUUUAGUUUUUGCUCUGCCUUCAUUUCUGAAAAAGGAAGAGGAAUAAUAAGAUGGUGGAUGUUUGGAUGAGGUGAGAAGAUUAAGGAAUUAAUUACAAAUAAAUAUAUAAAAAUUAUAUGGGAAGGAAUUCAGAGUCGGACUCGAAUGGAUGGAGUCGAGCUCGAGGUUUGGUAGUGAAGACGCUGGUGUUAAUUGGAGGCGCCCUUUUGCUCAAGAGGUUUACCAAAUCCACCACUCGUUGGGACCACGCUAGAAUCGUUGCUCGUUCUCUUAGCGGCGAAAAGUUCUCGCGGGAGCAAGCCUCUAGAAAUCCAGAUAGUUACUUCAACAUCAGAACACUUACUUGCCCAGCAACGGAGAUGGUGGAUGGUUCAAAUGUUUUAUAUUUCGAACAGGCAUUUUGGAGGACUCCCCAGAAACCUUUUCGGCAGAGGUUUUUCAUGGUGAAGCCUUGUCCAAAGGAUUUGAAAUGUGAUGUUGAGGUAAGUUCUUACGCAAUUAGAGAUGCAGAUGAAUACAGGAAUUUCUGUGAUCGUCCAAGGGAUCAAUGCCCACCACCUGAAGAAGUUAUUGAUGAUGUUGCUGAACAUCUGACAACUAUAUAUCUCAAACGCUGUGAGAGGGGGAAACGCUGUUUAUACGAAGGUUCAACUCCACCAGGUGGAUUCCCAAAUUCAUGGAAUGGAGCAACAUACUGCACUUCAGAACUUACAAUUUUGAAGAACAAUGAGAUACAUACCUGGGAUAGGGGUUAUGACGAUGAUGGAAAUCAGGUUUGGGGAGUGAAGGAAGGUCCUUAUGAAUUCAAGCCUGCACCUGCCUCUAGUUUCAAUGGUAUGUUUUCACCACUAAAUUUUGCCCCUUCACAGCCAAUGGAGAAAAGGAUAGAGGGAUCGUUUGUCUUGCAAGAAUGAUUCAUGGUUAUAUAUAAAUAUAUAUGGUCAUAGUCUGUAAAAUUUUAACUCCUUUACAUAAUCUUGAGUGAAGACCCUUGGCUUUACUCUUGGCUA